CCCACUCUUUUUUCCUCUCUUUUCCCCUCAAAAUACCUAUAAAAAAACAAAACCAAAAGGGAAAAUUCUUGCCUCAAUAAAAAAAAACACUAAACUUUUUUUUGUGUGAUUUUUUUCAAUGGACAUAGAGUUAGCAAAGUGUGAAUGUUGUGGACUAAAAGAAGAUUGUACACAAGACUACAUUAGUCAAGUUAAAGAAAAUUUUGAUGGAAAAUGGCUAUGUGGACUUUGUUCAGAAGCAGUUAGAGAUGAAGUUAACAGAGGAAAACAACAAUUUCUUUGUAUGGAAGAUGCUGUUAAAGCACAUAUGUCAUUUUGUAGAAAAUAUAAAUCAAAUCCAGCAAUUAAAGUAGCUGAUGGAAUGAGACAAAUGUUAAGAAGAAGGUCUGAUUUAACAUCAUCAUCAUCAAAUUCAUCUAAUUCCAAGAAGUAUUCAAGAUCAACAAGUUCUAUCUCCUAUUAUUAAUUACGUUUGUUUCAAUCUCAAACAAGUUGGAAUCGACUAUAUGAAUCACCUGGGAAAAAAAGGAUAACUUCAACUUUUGGUGGAAAAUAAAAAGGUCUAACAACAAGUUUUUUUUUUUUUUUUUGUCUCAUGGAGAAAUCUUUUCUUG